UUAGAAAUGCGGUCACGAGGUACUCUGCCAAAUAUUGGUUCAGUUAAUGUUUAACUGCAGUGUUGUGAAGUGCUACAAAGUGUUACAGGAAUAAGAUGGAGCUAGACGUUCAUCUGAAGAGAGAAGGCGACGAAUCCUGGGGCUUCCGCCUCGUUGGGGGCAAAGACUCCAAGAUGCCCCUCACGGUGGUCAAGGUGGCACCAGAUUCGCCGGCGUCGCGCGCGGGCCUCCAAAAUGGCGACGUACUGUGUCACGUGACCGGCACAGACGCUUCUGAAAUGUCGCACGACAGCGCGAAGCAGUUCGUGGCUGAAGCAAGGGACACUUUGGAGCUUGGUGUUAAGCGUGGUCUCUACGACCCGGUCCUGGACGACUACGAGCCAAUUUACGAGACCAUAGACCAGGAAGAUUUCGACCAACCAUCGCAGCCGACUGAGGUAGACCCCUUUAAAAUACAGCAGUUCCUGGACCCCAAACAACCUUCCCGGGAGGCCUCAGAACUAAAAGAUAUCGAGCCUGGACUCACCCCUCUAAGCAAUGGCCUAGAUCUAGACCAAUCCAGAUCUUUGACUGCAUCACCCUUUGUUUUAUCAACGAAACCCUACAGACCCUUUUCCACUGAACCCCUACUAAUUCCUCCUCUAGAAGACCCUAUUAUAUUGAACCCUAAUUAUAAAGACCAAUUCGGUAAGCUUGACGACGAUGAUGAUGAGUUUAGAGGUCUACCUGAAACGAAGUUUAAGCUUCCCAUUUCGGAGCAGUAUGACCCUGAUGGCAUUAAGAAGAAGAAGGAAAGAGCCAGCAGUGAGGCGAGUAAGGUGAAGUUUGCUGAAGUCAACUUAAAAGAAGACGUGACAGUAUCAGAGAGCAAAUUUUCUAAAGAUCUGAAGCAGAAAACGGCGUUAGAAGAGAAGAAGUAUAUGGAAAAAAUGAAGAAGGAGAUUGAUUUGGAUAAAAUUGAAAUGACAGCUGUCAAUUUGGUCAACGAAAGUAUUGAACGAGCUGUGUCUGUUACGGACGAGAUUAAGAAGGAAAUAGACGUUGAACUGCACGAAUCUUCUAUAACUUCAUCCAAAAUUGAACAGUCAUCGUCUGUCAAAGAAUCUUCUAAAGCUUCCAUAGAAAUGACCGCAUCGGAAUCUUCUCAAGUAACUAAAUCGGUUAAAAAAUCCAGCAAAGAAGCCAGUGAACUUGUUGAGUUAAUUGACCAAACCACAGACGAAAUCAUUUCGUAUAACGGAAGCAAAUCCGAAUUGAAAGUUAGUGAAGAAGUUAAAAAGAUUGAGAAUUUAGACAAGAAGGAACAGGUUGUGGAUGAAAGAAGACUAUCUACUAAGCAGGAGAUUGAAGAAAUUAUUGAAUCUGGCAGUGUGAGAAGGAAAUCUGAGGUAUUCGAUAAGAAAGUGGAUGUCAAAUCUGUGGAGACAUCACAAAAGAAAGAACAAACCAAAAUCGUCGCAGAACCCAAAGUUGUACAAAAGAAAGUUGAAAUAAACCAGACUGCUCAAAAAACCGAACAACCCAAAAUCACUCAAGCACAAGUCUCUAUGUCAGAUGCUAAAGACGUGCAAAAGAAAGCUGUCAAAGCUGAAUCAAUUAAUCAAAGCGCUCAAAAAACAUCAGCUAUCAAAAAAGAAGCUAUAACUUCACAAAAAUCUGCACAGCAAUCUUUUGAUACUAAAACAUCAACUGCUAAACGUCUUGCAGGACAACGAGCGUAUGCGAUUGGGUUACAAACUAUACCCAAUAUUAAAGGAACAAUCACUUCGUCUUAUCAUUACAAUUUACUACUAAAAACGUUCUUCAUUCAUCUCACUGACGUCAUGGUAGCUCUUUCUAGGUUUAUUCUAUCAGAACCCGUGUUUAAUAAGGUAGAAGAAUCCCAAGAAGUAACUGAAUCGGACGUAGUUACAGAGAAAUCAGUCUCUGAAUAUAAGAAAGAAUAUGUAAAUGAAGAAGUAACGAUUAACGAUAGAAAAGAAGAAAAAAUAAUGCAAACAGCUGUUAGUGAGGCGAAACAAGAGGUGAUGAAGCAUGAAAAAGGAGAAAAAGUUAUGGCUUUUGAAGAAAGAGUGGAAAAACAAGCAGCCAUCAAAAGCACUGUAGCUAAAGAAACAGCUCAGGUGGCGCUUGUAGAAGAAAGAAGUUAUGCUGAAGAUAUCCAAGCCAAUCUAGAAGUAGAAGAAAUAAUUACGAAGCAAAAGCUAUCUGGAGCCCAAAUGGCACAAGUACAAGAGAGAAAAUCCGCUGAGUUGGCCCAAAAAAUGGAUGCAGUCAUAUCCGAGUUCCAAACGAAGGCUGGGAUAGAAGAAACCGAGAUAACAAAAGAUAGGAGAUCAAGAAGCAGAAGUAGGGUAGUAGAAGAAAUUGCUAAGGAAAGCGAUCCUCUAGAAUGGCUCUCAAAAGUCGACCAACAGCAUACUAAAGAGAUAACAGAACUGAAAUCAGAGUCAAAAUCAUUCAGUUCUACUACUGAAUCGGUUGAGAAGAAACGAGUAGAAUCGACGCAUGAAAGGCGAGAGAAGUCAACCAAAUCUAAAGAAGGAAAGCAAAUGUACGUUGCUAUUGUCGAAUCUCAUAUAUUUACGAACAAAGACGCCAUAUUUGAAGAGCAAGCAGCCGAUUUCUCAGAGACAUCUUCAGUGCAAAGCGUAGACGAAAUUAAUAUAGCUUUACAAGCUAGUGAAUCAUUGGCUACAGAGAAAGUCGCUUUGGAUAGUAAAGAAAUGAAACAAGAAGUCGCCGAGUCUAUCGUAGCGCAAUCUCAAGAAUUAAGUGUUGCAAGCGCUCAAACUCAACUAGUCCAAAUGUCUGAAGAAGUGGUCGAAUCAAAGGCAAUUGUAGAAGAAGCGAAAGCAAUUGAAAUAAAGGAAGAAGUCCAAAAAGUAGAAGUGAAGGAAGAAAAAGCUUUAGAAAUGAGAGAAGAAAUCCAACAAGUCAAAGAAGAAACGCAUAAUAUCAUGUCUGUUAGCGAGAAAACUGAGGUUGAUAUUUCUCAAAGACACGAGUCUGUGGAAAUCCAAGAAAUUAAACAGGAAGAAAUCGCUGUGAGCAAUAUAGAAGAAUCGAGUGCAGUUGAAAUGGCAAUUGUGGAAGAAGUAUCUGAAGUACAAACUAAAGAAAUUGAAGUGGCCCCGAUCAUAGAAGAGACUGUGGAAAUCAAACUACCUCUGCCAGCAAAACCCGAACCUACAUUGCAAGAAGAGGCUGCUGCAUUGAAAAUCGUCAAAGAAGAAAUAAUAGAGAGAGAACAAGUGCUAAAACUAGCGGAAGAAUCAGAGCUAAAUAUAAGCAAGCACACUGAAAUAUCGGAAACUGCCAGCCAGUACUCAGAAGUACACAAAAGCAAGAUGGCGAGUUACGAAUCGUCAGAAAUGGUUCAGGAAUCGUCAUUUACUGCUUCAUUAAUAGACCAGAAGUCUCAGUCAACAGAAGUAAUCCAAGAAUCAUCAUUCACUGCUUCGUUGGCAGACCAAAAGUCUCAACUAACCCUUGACUUAUCCAACGAACGGAAAAUCAAAACAACAUCAUCAGAGUCAAGUAUACCAAGUAUUAUAAAUACUCCCACGCCCUCAACCGUCCCACCCACUCCUUUAACCGACGAAUACGUAUUUAAACUUCAGAUCCCCCUUCCCAAAAACGUAGGAGACCCGAUUCCUAGAGACUGCACUCCUACCCCUGAAGAUGAAGACCCUAAUAUCGUGAAAAAGAAACUGAUUCCAUAUAUUGAUACGACAUUGGAGUCUCCUGUAAUUUACGAUCCCCCUCUGCCUAGUCCCCCGUUUAGUAAGCCCCAAUCUCCAGUAUAUACUAAGCCAGGGUUGAGGGGUGGAGCGGACCGACGACAGUAUAGAAAGGAGGAAAUUCUCGAAAUCGAACGAAAAUCAUCCCUCCUCGCUUCUGCCAUCGACGAAACAAUCAAAAGCAUAGAAGAAUACAAAGAAGAAGUAGGCAUUGAAACUAAAAAGGAGAUCACAGUCACAGAAGAUACCAAAAAAGAACAUACUAGCAAAAAAUCUUUUGAAGAACAUGUAUCUACAACAGAAGUAAUUAAGUCUACGAGUGACCAACCAAUAAUAUACAACGGCUAUGCCAAAGUAGAGACAAAAGUAUACAAUAAUGCUAAUAGCAAAAUAGAUGAGGAAUGGAAGAAAAUUGAUGAGCAAGUCAAGGAAAGCAACGAAAAUUUAGUUCAACUAACAAAUGGUUUUACUGAGGGAACUCUAUCCAAUGGAGUUGAUGCUGCAUCUAAUGGUUUGACUGAAGAAACUUUAUCCAAUGGAGUUGAAGCUACAUCAAAUGGUCUGACUGAAGAAACUGUUGCCAAUGGCGUUGAAUCUAAGACAGAAACUAAGGUAGAAAACAGAACACUAAAAGCUACAGAACUGAAUUCUUUAGAAGCUAAACAGGAUCUGAUUCAAUCAGAAAAUACAGCAGAAAUAUCACUUACAAAUUCAGUUAAAGAAACAAUGGAAGAUACGGCUAUUGUAAGUGAUACUACAGCUCGCAAAUCAUCAGUAGAUGUUGCGAAAUUUGACAUAAAGCCUGCAGAGGAAGUAGUUACAAAUGGAGGGAACCCAGGGGAUGUGUCAGCUGCAUUUGUAAUAGAACAGAAGAGAGAUCCGAUGGAGGGAUACAGACCGGUGCAGUUCAAUCCAGAAGAACUGAUCGCAGCUAAGAAAGGGCUGCAGAGCAUCCACUUAAGUGUCCAGGAGCCCACCUUCCAUAGGGCGCAGUCUCCAAGCUACGUGUCCAGCUCGGGUGAACCGCUUGGCACCCACCAGGGCAUUGUGGACAGCCUUGAGGAGGCUACAGUGGAUGAAGAGGUCGCUAAGGAAUUAGGCAAGCCUGGCAUGACAGAACAGAAGAUCGCAGAGUUGAUUUCUGGUGAAUCUGAAAUGUUAAGAGAGGCGCACGUUAUGGGGCUCUCUCGCGUGCUGAAAUCACACAUGCACCGGGCUGACGAUUCCAGCGUGGACUUCAAGAAGAUCAAACCCAUCAUCGAGUCGCUGAAAGACUCGGAAGUCCUCAAGGCAUUAAACGAUGAGCUGAUCAGGACGGCAGAAGAAAAGAAGAAAGAAGAAGAGAAGAAAUGGACGACGUUCCUGCAAAAGCCGAAGCGGCCAGUCCCGAAGGCGAAGUUUGGAUAUUUCGGAUACAUUCAGGAGGAAGAAAAGAUUGAGACGCCGUACAAAGUGAAAAUAGUGAAACAGCCGAAGCCAAAAGUAGCCCCCGAUUACAAACCCGAGAAUUUCGAGACCGGUCCUCUACCCUGGGAGGAGCGAGCCCUCAACGAGCCUCCUCCACCACCAGUAGAGCCAGAGGACCCAAUACUGGUCCCUGAGGAGGUGCCCGAGUUCUUGGAAGCUGUUGACCCUCUGCCAGAAAGUGAAGUGCCAGAUCUUGAGGAGACAGGUAUACCCCUGCCCCCUCCGAAGCCCGAAGAAGAAUCUGUUCCUUCUCCAGUCCCUCUAGAAGAACCAGAAGACACAGAAGAGCCUGUGGAGUUGGACGUGGAAGCAGUGGUUGAGGAGACGAACCAGAUCGUGGAAGAUAUGGAGAAGAAUCGUUUAGCUGAGCAGCUGUUGAUGGGAGUGCAGAAUAUGGUCGAUCCGAACGCGAGCGUGGAGCAGCAGUUGGCCCAGAUGCGCGCGCAGAUGGCAGCACUAGCACAGCUGCCCGGCGUCAUCCAGCAGACCCUCGACCUGGUGACGCGUCAGCUCAGCCAGCUCACCCAACAGGAGACACAAAUAACUGCUGUGUCCGAAUCGCAGAUGCAUUCUGAGAUGCAGUCGGAAUCCCUCGAAUCUGUUGAAGUAACCGAAAACAAUUGUGAAACUGUGCAAGAAGAAUCCAACAUAAUUAAAAAAGAAAUAAACCAAAACGGCGAACAAAACGGUACGACAAUCGAGGAGGUGGUAGAAGAAACGAAACCCAGUCUCACGCAAGAAGAAAUGGAGAAGUUGAGAAAAGAAGAAGAAGAAAUGCUGGAGGAACAGAGAAGAGUUGAGAAGCAGAAGAAGGAGUUGAUGGAGCAAAUGAGGCUUGAACAAGAGUCUCGGCAAGUGAAGCAGCGUCCGACCCCACGCGUGGGCAAGCCGAAGCCCGUGUUUGGGAACCCAGAGCCUCAAGCCAGGCCUUUGGUCCUUCCUGGAGGAAGGAGGUGGAGGAAACCUGCUGAUGCGUACAACGAGGCAUUCAUUGCUGAGACGUUGAGCGCGCAGGCUGAGAUGAUUCAAGGAAAAACUAAAGGGAUCAACUUCAUGAAAUACGAAAAGCCUCCCGUGUCCCUCGACCACCUUCAACACUCUGACGUGUACAAGCUCAUCCACAAUAUGGAGCAGGAGCCGCCGAAGCGAGUAGAGAUGCGCACACCCGUCAUCGCCGAGGCUGAUUAUAGAGAGAAAUGCCGUUCGGUGACUCCAUGUGGACUGGCCAUACUCUGAGCACCCCACAACCCACAACACCAAGUUUCGUUUCAUCAUAAUAAACAUUCAUGUUUAAAAAAAUACUUGCUUAAAACCACUAAGAUCUUCGUCUGAAGUCGAUUAAACAGUCACUGUUUUCUUGACGAGCUAAAAUUGUUUUAGAGCAUCAAACAUUUUUAAAAUAAUAUCUCUUUUUUUGGUUCUGAAAAAUGCCAAAAAAUGGUCUGAAAAAAUACUUGGAUUCCUGACGAAGUUAUUGUGUACCUACACAGUCGUCGAUUUUAACGAUUCUCACUGAAUUUUACCAAAAUCAAGCGACUUUUAAGCAUACCUACUGAAACUGAUUUUUAGACACUAAGGUCUGAAAUUCUCAGAAAUUACAUUUUUAGUUGUGAAUAACUUUCAAUUGGUUGUAUUUUCCAUCAAUUAAGCCCAUUAUUGUUGUAUUGUAUGCCUGUGUUUUUCUACAUUGUACUCAUUUGUUUCGUUAAAUAAAGAACCCAAACUGUCAA